AGUGACGUCGAGUGAUUACGCGCGUCCAUAUAAAAUAGUUGGUCGAUCGUGUGCGCCAUCUUAUUUCGUGAAAAGAGGCCGACAAUCGCGCACCUUUGCUAAGUGUUCUACUAUUUAAGUCUAUUGAAGUGAUAAUAAUUAUAAAGCAUACACAAUGGCAGCAAAAGCACCAGCCGUAGGUAUCGACUUGGGUACCACCUACUCCUGCGUGGGUGUGUUCCAGCAUGGAAAGGUGGAAAUCAUCGCCAACGACCAGGGCAACAGGACAACGCCCUCGUACGUUGCCUUCACAGACACCGAGCGUCUCAUCGGCGACUCCGCCAAGCACCAGGUGGCUAUGAACCCCAACAACACCAUUUUCGAUGCCAAACGUCUUAUUGGUCGCAAAUUCGAGGAUGCUACAGUGCAAGCAGACAUGAAGCACUGGCCAUUUGAUGUCAUCAGCGAUGGUGGCAAACCAAAGAUCAAGGUACAAUACAAGGGCGAGGACAAAACAUUCUUCCCAGAAGAAGUCAGUUCAAUGGUACUUACAAAAAUGAAGGAAACAGCUGAGGCAUACCUUGGCAAAACAGUGCAGAAUGCAGUAAUCACGGUUCCAGCGUACUUCAACGACUCACAAAGACAGGCCACGAAAGAUGCGGGUACCAUCUCUGGCCUGAACGUUCUCCGAAUCAUCAAUGAGCCAACUGCUGCUGCGAUUGCGUACGGUCUAGACAAGAAGGGAGGUGGAGAACGUAACGUUUUAAUUUUCGACCUCGGCGGUGGUACUUUCGACGUGUCCAUCCUGACCAUCGAGGAUGGUAUCUUCGAAGUCAAGUCUACCGCCGGAGACACUCACUUGGGAGGCGAGGACUUCGACAACCGCAUGGUUAACCACUUUGUCCAAGAGUUCAAGAGGAAAUACAAGAAAGACCUCACCACCAACAAGAGGGCCCUCCGUAGGCUGAGAACCGCCUGUGAAAGGGCGAAGAGAACUCUCUCUUCAUCCACACAGGCCAGCAUUGAAAUCGACUCUCUGUUCGAGGGUAUCGAUUUCUACACCUCCAUCACGAGGGCGCGUUUCGAAGAACUGAACGCUGACCUCUUCAGAUCCACCAUGGAGCCCGUCGAGAAGUCGCUGCGCGACGCCAAGAUGGACAAAUCCCAAGUACAUGAUAUCGUACUUGUCGGAGGUUCAACCCGUAUCCCAAGAGUGCAGAAGCUCCUUCAAGACUUCUUCAACGGCAAGGAGCUCAACAAAUCCAUCAACCCUGACGAGGCCGUCGCAUACGGAGCUGCCGUUCAGGCUGCCAUCCUGCACGGCGACAAGUCCGAGGAAGUUCAGGACCUUCUUCUGUUGGACGUGACUCCCCUCUCGCUCGGUAUCGAAACCGCGGGAGGCGUCAUGACCACCCUCAUCAAACGUAAUACGACCAUUCCCACCAAGCAAACUCAAACCUUCACCACAUACUCCGACAACCAACCCGGAGUGCUCAUCCAGGUGUUUGAGGGUGAGCGUGCGAUGACCAGGGACAACAACAUCCUGGGCAAGUUCGAGCUCACCGGCAUUCCCCCCGCGCCACGAGGCGUUCCUCAGAUCGAGGUCACCUUCGACAUCGACGCCAACGGCAUCUUGAACGUAUCCGCCGUCGAGAAGUCGACGAACAAGGAGAACAAGAUCACGAUCACCAACGACAAGGGUCGCCUGUCGAAGGAGGAGAUCGAGCGCAUGGUCAACGAGGCCGAGAAGUACAGGAACGAGGACGAGAAGCAGAAGGAGACCAUCCAGGCGAAGAACGCUCUCGAGUCGUACUGUUUCAACAUGAAGUCGACCAUGGAGGACGAGAAGCUCAAGGACAAGAUCACGGACUCUGACAAGCAGAUCAUCCUCGACAAGUGCAACGACACCAUCAAAUGGCUCGACUCAAACCAGCUCGCCGACAAGGAGGAAUACGAGCACAAGCAGAAGGAGUUGGAGGGCGUGUGCAACCCGAUAAUCACGAAGCUGUACCAGGGCGCGGGCGGAGCACCGGGCGGCAUGCCCGGCGGUAUGCCCGGCGGCAUGCCCGGCUUCCCCGGCGGAGCCCCCGGAGCUGCUGGCGCGGCGCCCGGUGGCGGAGCAGGCCCCACCAUCGAAGAGGUUGACUAAACAUUCCACUUUUCACAAUAUAAGAUCCUUUCCGAUAAGGUGUUACUCCUCCUGAUUCAAAAUAAAUGAUGUAACUUA